ACGUGCGAAGACUCAGCCCGGCCGCACGCACACACGUGGGUUCCACAGCCAGCUGCGGAGCUUUGCCUUUGGUUUCUAAUCACAAAGAAAUCGCACACAGCUGAAACGUAUAUAAGGGCUCGUGCUCGCAUGCUCUUUUUCUCUCGAAUGUUUUGGGGGAGGCGUUGUUAGGCUGCAGCUCCGAAGAGCAUGGCGGGUACCUGGAGGAUCUGCGUUUGUUUCUAUUGCUGCAUUCAGUGGCUUUCUUCUAGCAUCCAGUGCUCCCCCCGCUCCAGGGAUCGCGCAGCACCUGACAAACUCUCCGGGCUCCUGGAAGCUCCUGAGCUCAGCGAGCUCCACCCGCUGCUGCGGCUGCCCCAGGGUGCGAGCCGAGGCUGUGCCCUCCUGCCCCCCCUGCUCAAAGUGCUGUCCGACCAGGGACGUCAGAGCUGGGAAAGCGGGACCCCCAGGCUCCAGCCGGACUCCCGAGCCCUGCGGUACAUGAAGAGGCUGUAUAAGAUGUAUGCCACCAAGGAGGGAAUCCCGAAGGCCCACAAGAGCCACCUCUAUAACACCGUUCGACUUUUCACCCCGUGUUCCGAGUGCCAGCACCGCCACAGGGAUCUGAUUACAGGAGACCUUCACUCGGUGGAUUUGCUCUUCAACCUGGAUCGUGUUACUGCUCUCGAGCACUUACUCAAGUCUGUCUUGCUCUACUCAUUUGACACCUCAGUUCCCACUUCUUCCUUUAUGUGCACGUGCCAUUUGUCUGUUAAGGAGCAUGAUUUUUCUAGCCAAGUAUGUCCCAGCGUUUCGCACUCCGUAGCUUUUAGCCUGCACUUUGAAGUUAGAAAGCGCAAGUGGGUUGAGAUCGAUGUGACUUCUUUUCUGCAGCCUCUCAUUGCUGCUAACAGGAGGAAUAUUCACAUGGCUGUGAACUUCACUUGUCUUUUGGGUAACCCACAACAUAACGCUAAACAGGAUAAUCUCAUUAAUAUGGCUCUGGUCCCCCCUUCUCUUCUUCUUUACCUAAAUGAUACCAGCGAGCAAGCUUAUCACAGGUGGAACUCACUCAGGCACAGAAGGAAAAGCCCGGUGCGGCCCAAGCAAAGGAACAGUCUGUUCGCUGAUGUGACGGGUGGCCAAGGAAGAGAGAACACGCAGGGUAAAAGGGCAUCUCGGCAUCGAAGGGAAGAGAAUCUGAAGGAAGCUCCAGCAACUCCGCCUCAAAAUUUGAGUGAAUAUUUCAAACAAUUUCUGUUUCCUCAAAACGAGUGUGAGCUUCACAGCUUCCGUUUAAGCUUUAGCCAACUAAAAUGGGACAAAUGGAUAAUAGCACCGCAUCGAUACAGCCCUCAGUACUGCAAGGGUGACUGUCCCAGGGUGGUUCGGCACCGCUACGGCUCUCCUGUACAUACAAUGGUGCAGAACAUAAUAUAUGAGAAAUUGGACUCCUCUGUUCCCAGGCCCUCCUGUGUUCCUGCUGAAUACAGCCCUCUGAGCGUCCUGACAAUAGAGCCUGAUGGCUCCAUAGUCUACAAAGAAUACGAGGACAUGAUAGCUACUAAGUGCACUUGUCGGUAGUGGGUGUAUCCUAAGCUGCUUUACACUUAGUUUGGGUGUUUUGCAUUCUCAGAAUAUUUGUAGCAUUUGUGUAAUUCUAACACCUCUUUCAAACUGAAUAGGAUUUCGCAUGGGAUAAGAGGGUGUUUAUAUAAUAGCACUAUUUUUGUAGCCACUCAGUCUUUCUAGAACGUGAAAAUAAAUGUAAAUAUCUUUUUAUUGGAAUAAUAUUGCAUUUGAACAGAAGUGGUUUCAACUACCAGAUGCCUAUUUUAAGCUAUUUUGUUACAGAUUUAAUAAUAAAUAAAAUGAAUGCUUAUCACUCAUAUCACUUAAAUUCAGUGUCUGAUGGUCUUCCUCU